GAGAGAGAGAGAGAGAGAGAGAGAGAGAGAGAGAGAUCUGUAGAGGGCCCUGUGUGUGGCUCUCAAUCCUCAGGGGGACCUCGGAUGUCUUAUUGGCAGGACCUCAGGGUGUUGUGGGGAAAUGAUGAGCACCUCCAGGAAGCUCCCAGGGAUUGUGAUCUGACAGCUCUGCAUUAUUCCUCCAAACCUUCUCAUUGGAAGCAAGGAAAAACUUUCCCAUCUGCCACCAGUUGGAAGUGAGAUCUCCCAGUGCCAGGCAGUCCUUGUGCCACUCUGGGGCUUCUAUUUCAUUUCUUCCCCCCCUCCCCUCCUCCUUCUCCCCUUCCUCCUCUCCUCUUCUUCCUAAUCUCUCUGAUCUUUCUUCUCCCCCCUCUGCUCCUUCUUCUUGCCUCCAGCAACAAUAGCCAGUGCCACCAAACUGCUCCACAAUGGAGUUCUCUGAAAGGAAGAGGAGCAGGAAAUCCCAGAGCUACAAACUGGUGAAGCCAGACUAUCACCCUGAAAUAUUUAAAGCUGCAGACUAUAGUGAUAUCAAUGGAGAAUCUAUUGACUCUCAGCAUUUUUCAGGGGAUGAAGGUAUGGAAAUCAAGAAACAGAUCACUGGCAUGAGGAGACUACUGAAUGACAGCACUGUGCGGCUUUACCAGCGUGUUGGCAAAGAAGGGGAGAAACUAAAGGAGGAGCAUCAUGACUUGGAUAUGAGUUGGACUGGUAGCCUGAGCCCACCAUGUGCUGCUGAUGAUCCCAUUCAGCCGGCACAGGCUCCAUGGAAUAACAUGCCACUUCAAGGCAGUGACUUUUCAGGGCAAUAUGGAACUCGCUCUAAGACUGUGCAGAAUCAUGUGAAAAGCCCAGUAUCCAAUGGUGAAUUGCCACUGGUGAAUUCUGUGACCGAUACCAAGUGUUGCACAUGUAACUGUCAGCCUACUCUGCAGGCCAUCCUUCAAGAGCUCAAAGCUAUGAGAAAGUUUAUGCAAGUACAAGCAGUGGCACAAAGUCGGCAGCAGCUUCCCCAGUCUUGUGUUUGCUCCCAGAAGGCAAUUCUGUCAAGGAAACGAAUAAUGAAGAAAAAAGUAAUUCCAAAGAACACAGUGGUGACACCGGUUCAUAGUGUACACAGCAUGAGUGUGAGAGAACAUAAAACUGUGGUACUUCCAGAAAGAGCUAGUCUGUUACAAGCAGAGCAUGUCAAGAAAGAAGAGAAUCAUGUGCCUGGAUUCGGUAUUGUUGUCAACUCGUCAUCUUCCGACCCAGAUGUGCAGUUGGCUGAAGGGUUUGAUGUAUUCAUGCCGAAAUCCCAGCUUGACUCCAUACUAUCCAACUACAAGAGGUCAGGGAGCCUUCUCUUUAGAAAACUUGUCUGUGCUUUUUUCGAUGAUAAAACUUUGGCAUCAUCACUACCCAACGGGAAACGGAAGCGCGGACUCAAUGACAACAGACAAGGACUGGAUCAAAAUAUUGUGGGAGCAAUAAAAGUUUUCACAGAGAAAUACUGUGCUGCUAACAAUGUGGAAAAGGUCCCCGGACCACGACAUUGGGUACAAAUCCUACAGGAUCAGAUCAAACUUGCCCGACGCAGAUUAAAAAGAGGCUGCGAUCUAGGAAAUCCUCUGCAAACCACUGAUAAUGAAAUGUGGCUUCAUUCUAAGACUGGGUAUUAAGUCACACGUAUGAAGUAUGUGUCAUGAGAAGAUGCUCUGGGCAUGAAUUCCUGAUAAUUUCAGCAGAGUGCGUUUCCUACUGUCACGAAGAAUGUCACUUUAAAUAGUUGGACUGGUAUAACGAAACAUGGACGGUGUGGACAGAUGGGUCUGUGUAGCAGAGGAGAACUGCUGUUGUUGUGGUGGCUUGUUAGAAGAGCUACAAAUACCCUACUUAUGGCAAAAAAAGAGCAUUUUUGUGGCAUUGAACUUAUCAAAGCACUUAGCUCUUUUUAAGAGCCAUUAGGAAUACAUAAUGUGAUACGAAAUUUCAUCCCAACUGCAACAAUUUGUGCAGUCUUUUAUUUACAUGUUAUUAUAAGAAUCUUUACGGGGGGAAAUGUCUUACAAGAUAUUUUACAUAGUGCACAUUUGUCAGAGAUGGCACUUAUUGUCGGUAAAGAAGUGGUAGCAUUACCUUACAUUUACAUUUAAUUUACAACUUGCAUUAA